CUCCCGCCCCUCCCCGCUCGGUCGGAGCAGCAGCGCCGGCGGCCGCGCAGGAUGAAGGACCGGACCGGGGAGCUGCGCGCCGCGAAAGACAGCGACGAUGACGAUGAGGUCACUGUCAGUGUGGACCGGGACCGCUUCAUGGAUGAGUUCUUUGAGCAGGUGGAAGAAAUUCGAGGGUUCAUCGAUAAAAUUUCUGAGAAUGUGGAGGAAGUGAAAAGGAAGCACAGUGCCAUUCUGGCUUCACCCAACCCUGACGAGAAAACAAAGGAGGAGUUGGAAGAGCUGAUGUCUGACAUAAAGAAGACAGCGAACAAAGUGCGCUCCAAGCUAAAGAGUAUUGAGCAGAGUAUUGAACAAGAGGAAGGACUGAACAGGUCAUCUGCUGACCUACGGAUAAGGAAAACUCAGCACUCGACUCUGUCCCGCAAGUUCGUGGAGGUGAUGUCCGAGUACAACGCCACGCAGACCGACUACCGGGAGCGCUGCAAGGGCAGGAUCCAGAGGCAGCUGGAGAUCACUGGCAGGACUACAACCAGUGAGGAACUGGAGGACAUGCUGGAGAGCGGCAACCCUGCCAUCUUCUCCUCUGGGAUCAUUAUGGAUUCGAAUAUCACCAAGCAGGCACUGAAUGAGAUUGAGACCCGGCACAGUGAGAUCAUCAAACUGGAGAACAGCAUCCGGGAGCUGCACGACAUGUUCAUGGACAUGGCCAUGCUGGUGGAGAGCCAGGGUGAGAUGAUCGACCGCAUCGAGUACAACGUCGAGCACUCGGUGGACUACGUGGAGCGCGCUGUGUCCGACACCAAAAAGGCGGUGAAGUACCAGAGCAAAGCCCGACGGAAGAAGAUCAUGAUCAUAAUCUGCUGCGUGAUCCUCGGUAUUGUCAUUGCCUCCACCUUUGGUGGCAUUUUCGGCUAGACUCACCCCACGGGACUGUUUGUGUGCCAUGGACGGAGCCGCGCGUGCCGUGGGGCCGCAGCCGCGCUGGAGCGAACCACACAGCCCCGGAGCCUCCCAGCAGCAUUUCAGUUUCUAAUGCAUGGUUGUUUGUGACGCUGUGUGUGCGGUGCGUCUGUGUGGAGGGAGCGCCGGCCCCGGGGCACGGGCGGGGGGCAGGGGACGGUGAUGGGCGCGAGGGGAACCCUGGCGGGGGGGACCCGAGCUCUCAUCACUGAUCCAGCCACCCGGGUGGCUGGUUGGGACCGGGUGGGGACAGAGGUACCCUCGGGUGCUGCUGCUCCUCCUGUGCUGGGCAGUCUGGUAGUGAUGGCUGAGGAUGAGGAGGAACCAGCCAAGGGUGUCACUGGUCCCCAGGAGCACAGUGCCCAAUCAAACCUCCCCUGCUCCCCCACCACCUCCAGCCAGAGCUCUCAUGUCUGUCAGCUCCGUGUGCUUGCAAACACCUUUUCCUUGGGCUGCUUCUCUAACGGGCCCUUCCCCAGGGGUGCACUUGGCCAGGUCCUGCCUCCCCUUGUUGCUGCCCAUCCUAUGGCCAUCUGUCUGUAGAGCUCCAUCCCAGCUGUGGGGUUCCCUCCUGGCUGCAGGGCUCCAUACCAGCUGUGGAGUUCCCUCAUGGCUGGCUGUAGGACUCCAUCCCAACUGUGGGGUUCCCUCCUGGCCAUAGGACUCCAUCCCAGCUGUGGGGUUCCCUCCUGGCUGUAGGACUCCAUCUCUGCCACUGCAUCCUGGCUGUCUCUCCCUCACCCCAGUGCAGGUGCCAGGGGCUGGAUGUGCUGCUCUGGCACUGGGAGCCUGAUGGAGUUCUGGAGACAUCACAGUUGGCUCAGGGCUAUCACAGUUGCUUGGGGACAAGGACAGGCUGUCCUGGGACCUGUACUGCACCCUGGUGCUGGCCUGGCAGGGCAGGAGGGCACAAGUACUUUAGGGCCAGUGUGUUUUCCUGGCCACUUGCCCUGUCCCAGUGCCUCAUCAUUCUUUUCCCAGCUCUGACACUUGGUGGCCCUGGCUCCUGUUACCCCCAGGCCUGGGCUCUGGCCAUGCAGCCCCUGGCAGAGCUUUCCUGAGAGCAGGGCUUCCAGUCUCACUUCUCCACAUAGGCAUCCACAACUGGGGACUGGAGGCAGGCGGCUUUCUCCUGUCAUGGUCCCAGGAGCAGUCCCUUGUUGCAUCCAGCACAUCCAAAGGAGGAGCAGCAGCCUUCCCACCAGCUCUGGAGCAGGACAGUGCCUGCCUGCCCCUUCCUUCUCUUUGCCACCUCUUGGCAUCCACCAGCCCCUGCCAUCUCUUUCUGGGACAGUGUCCCCCUGCCUGCUCAUCCCCUGGGCCAUCCAGUGAGGCAGCUGCACUCGUGGGGUGCUAUGGGAGCACCUGGGUGCCCUGUGCCCUCCAACAACCCCACUACAUGGAUGCAGCUGUGGGGGCAGGGGGGUGCUGAGCCUGCUGGGAGAGGCUCUGUGUGCCACUUUCCAUUUUUCUCGGGCUGGAGGGCAGGACUCUGCCUUCACAUUCCUCUGAAAGGGUUGUCAGGGCCUGGCCCAGGCUGCCCAGGGCAGGGCUGGAGUCCCCAUCAUCCCUGGAGGGGUUUGGGGAUGAGGGACAUGGGGUGGGGGUGGCCUGGGCAGGGAUGGGGGAAGGGUUGGAACUGAUGAACUGAAAGGGCUUUUCCAACCAACACGAUUCCAUAGUUCAGCUGCCCUUCGGAAGUGUGUCCAACCUGGUCCCCUGCCCAGCUGAAGCCUGCCCAGGUGCAGCCGUGGGAACAUCUAAGGUCAAAGCCCCCUCUUCCACAUGGAGGCCACAGCAGGCAGCAACUGAUGUGAGCUCUGGCACUGCAGCUGUGUGCACAAAAGGGCUGGGGACACCGGGACCCCCCAGCAGGGACAGAGCAGCACCAGAGCUCCAGGGCAGGAGCGGGAGCAGGAGCAGGCAGGGAUCUAUCCGGCUGCAGGGAAGGGAGCUGGAGGUGACACAGCACCUGCUGCUCCUGCCCCUCCGGCUCCUGCCCCCACACUCAGCUCUGCUGAGCCAGCCCAGCGCGGGGUCCCCUCCUCCGGCAAGCAAUAACGCUGCCCCAGGCAGAGGCAAAGCAGCUGCUCUCAGGCUCUCUCUGCAGCCGUGCCCACUGCUCGCACAAGGUGAUGGCUUUUUUUGUUGGUUUCAUGUUUUUGUUUCAAUCCUUCCAAGCAGCAGCUUCUUUGGCACAAGCUCACAUGACAUCAGGGCUGUGGCCCGCCCCCAUCGAGGCACAAAGCCAAGAGCAGGGAUUCUGGCAUUUGCUCCUGGCUGGUUGGUACCCCCACCGCCCAGACCCCCGGCAGCAGGAGCCCGCGGGGCCGCAGCCACUGCCGGCCCGCGCUGGUGUCCUGCGGGCAGGGCUGGUGCCCGGCUCCGAGGCGAGGGAGGCAGAGGAGCAGAUGGCACUGCUGCCCCACAGGCAGGUCACACUGUCCUCGCUGCCAGGGGAGGGUGUUCUGGUGCAAUAAUUACCCCUGCACUACGGGAAGCCCCGUUCAGUUUCUUUUUACCUACCUGUCGUUGCAUGUACAGACCAAAUCACCAACAGUGUGGUUGUGCUUUGGGGAGCCAGUGCACUUUUUUUUUUUGGUUCCAGCCCCCCCCCCCGACCUCAGACCUCUUGUCCUUUGGGUUCCAGCACCUCUGUUCCAAGUGCCACCUGCCCUCCCAGUGCCGGGAGUGUCCAUGCAGUAUUCCACGAGCAGUGUGGGGCACGCACAGCUUGCACUUGAACCGGGGAUUGGUUUUGGGGUUUGUUUUGUUGGUUUGGUUUUUUUUGUUUGUUUUCCUUUUGUUUUUUCUUUUUUUGGUUGUUGUUUUGUUUUUGUUUUUGUAAUUACUGUACUUGAAGGCUUUCCAAGCCCCCUGUGGAGUUGUACUGUUGCUGUACUGUGAGCUAAGUGUCCUUGUUUUCUAUGUGGAUCUUGACCCUGGCUUGCUCUGUCUCACUGGGCUGGAUGACACUCUGUGUUGCCUCUUUUUUCCUUCACCCUGUCCCUCCCUGCUAGCCUCCCUUUCUUCUCCCCAAGCUUUGGGUGCAAAACAGCUUCCCAUUUUGUGGAAUUUUUAUGUAGAAUAAACAUUUGUAACUGUAAA